UGUGUCAGUUUGGCUGAUACGAUAAAGAAAAAAUUCGUUUUUUUUUCGUAGCCAAUGUAAAAAAUUGUAAAGUGUAAAACCGGAAUUUCUGUGUUACGUUCCACCAGGUGAAAACCUCCGAACCAAUAGUGAUUAAAACAUUUCCAGUAGAGUUUCAUUACCGGGAUGGAAUCCCAAAAGUAUACACUCUCUUCAAUACGGCAGGACAUUGUGGACAACAACUUGCAUGUUAAAGCCAUUAUUCAAGAUAUUCUAGCAUUCCGUGGUUCAAUAGCGGAAUUAAAUACUUUAAAUGAAGCCGGUCGAGGGAAAUUGGCUGCUCUAAGGAAGUGUAUUGAACGGCUGGAUGAUUGGGCACGGGACGAAGGUGACCCGCAAGUUUACAAGGAUGUCGACCAGCACCGGGAACAGUUCUCCAAAACCCUUCAGGCAUUCCGCAAAGCAAACAUAUCAACUAUGCUCGAGAUCGAAAAACAACACAAAGAGGAACUGUUUGCCCUUAGUCCGGAGAGUGAACUUCGUCAGCGGCAUACAGGAGCGGGUUCGUCCAGCAAUCGAUCCUCGCUACUGUCCCAGCAGGAAAGUGUUACCGAAAGAAUGCGAUCGAUAUCCCAGCAGCUGUCGGAAACUACCCAAAAGAGUGCGGCCACUCUGGAAACACUGAUUUCCUCCAGUACCAGUGUGGAAGGCACCCGCGACGAGCUACUGAGUACGUCCGGUACCAUUUCCCAAUCUGGCAAACUACUGAAAAAGUACGGCCGACGCGAAUGCACCGACAAAAUUUUACUGUUUUUUGCUUUCGCUUUCUUUCUGGCAUGCGUGUUUUACAUCGUGCAGAAGAGGUUAUUUUAAAACACAAGUGAAACGCAUCGCAAAAUGAUAUUCUGUUACACGUUGGCAAAAUUUUUGUUAGCCAGGAAAUAAGACAACGUUCAAGUUUGACGAUUUAGACUUUUUUCAAACGUUUUUUAGCACAAGAUCCGCCAGUAAAUCAAUAAUAAUGGGAUAGAUCGUAAAUUACACACUACAAAAUGACUAAAAUCUAAUAAAUUAUUACUUCACUAAAUUAUUCAACUCUCACAGCAAAUGCUGCGAUUUCCCUCUUGAUGGAAAGUAAUAAAUAGUAUGACUGCGAUGAAUUACGAUAGCCAGGCAGGGUAGACGUUUGGCCAAAGGUAUGGAAUAAUGAGAUUUUAAACUUAUAGAUACUGAUACUAUGUAGUAUCUGCUGCAUUUACUAUCUGAACUCUGCGACCACCACUGCAAACUGAUGGAAUAAAUAGAUCAAACAAAUGAAA